AGGUAUAUCGAUACAUCAGAUCCAUUAUUUCUUAGUUAUAUCAGAUAUUAAGAAAUAUCUGUAUUUAUUCUAAGAGUGCAUAGUAAAGGAUGUGAAUUGAGUGUUAUCAGCUGAUGAUAUUACAGAAUCAAUAAGACUGGAUCAGUAAAACGUUUUGAUAAAGUAAAUACCUGGAUCAAUAGAGUUACCUGUAAUAGCAUGUUGACAACCAUUUAGCGUCACAAACUAAGAUGGCCGAUUACACUUCCUGAUGACUUGUUUUGGGCUUUUGUCACAGGUUUUUUUAAAGAUAUAAGAUUCUGUUGAUAAAAUGGAACCCAGCUAUAAAAUGGGAAAAUGGAGUCCCCAGGAACAACACAGUCCAUCAUCUGAUCCUUUUGGAGACAACAGUAUGAGUGGACCUCCUGGAAGUGUUGGUGAUGAUUACAAUAAUGCAAUGAAACAGCAAAAGCUAGAAAAAGAGAGAAAAAGAAUUGAAGACCAAAACAAGAAAAAAAGACAGCAGUUAGGACUGUUCCAGCCAAAUGAAGAUAUCGGACGACCUAAUUCUGGUGGUCGUAGGAGAGGUCGAGAAGAACAUCGCCCUUUAGUGGGUAACUCUAAACCCUCCACACCCACAAGUUUUGAAUAUGUUAAUCCAGCUGCAUAUGAGGACGAAUCAUUUCCAGAACCACAGCGUGACACAGUUACAGUGUUGAACGUUACAACAGAUAGUCACAGUGAUGAUAGUGAUAUACCAGAAAUAUCUGCAGGUGAUGAUAUUCAUACUAAAAAUGGAAAGAAAAAUAAACAUGCUGGUCAGUGGACAUUACCGCCACCAUCAAAGGAUAGUGUUUCUUCACAAAACACAGAUCCUAGUAGAAGAAGCCUAAGUAGGAGUCCUAUUCCUCAAAACACUUUUGAAAUACCAAACAUAGAUCAUCAACAACAUUCACCAAAAACAAUGGAAUACUCACCACAGGAUUAUAAUGGUGAUAAUGAUGUCUCUAUUCCUAUGUUAGAAGACACAGGAAAAAAGAGCAAAAAGAAAAAUAAGAAACCAAACAGACCUCCACCUCCGCCAUCACAAAGUGAAAUGAUAGCUGGUGGUAAUCAGGGAUCUAUGGGUAGUUUAGAGGACACAAGAGAAGAUGAGCCAGAUGAGAUCAGUGUGCCAGUUUUUCCACAACCCAUGAAACAAUCUCCCAGUACAGCUAAACUGAAAAAUAUGUAUAAUAGUGAGCAGGCAGAUAUAUCUGAAGGAGGAACUACAAAUGGGGAUGAUUCUGAAUUAGGAGCUACUGGUCGUAGCUUUACACCAGAAGGGAUAGAAAAAUUAGAUGACUAUGUAUUACAGCCAGCACCUCAGGGUCAAGUCAUCAAAUGUCGAAUAACACGAGAUAAAAAAGGCAUAGAUAGAGGAGUUUAUCCCACAUACUACUUACAUCUAGAAAGAGAAGAUGGCAAAAAAACAUUUUUAUUAGCUGGUAGGAAAAGGAAGAAAAGCUAUCCAUCUAACUAUUUAAUUUCAACAGAUCCAACAGAUUUAUCACGUGGUGGAGAAUCCUAUGUAGGGAAAUUGAGGUCAAAUAUAUUGGGAACACAUUUUACAUUAUUUGACCAUGGAUGCAAUCCUAAGGAUAAUUAUGAAAAUGCAAGGAAAGAACUGAUAGGUGUAGUUUAUGAAACAAAUGUGUUAGGAUUUAAGGGGCCAAGAAAGAUGACCAUUAUCAUACCUGGUAUGAAUUUGGACCAUGAACGAGUUGACAUUAAACCCAGAUCUGAUAAUGAUGGUUUAAUAAACAGAUGGAAAAGGAAAAACAUGGAAAAUAUACUUGAGCUUCAUAAUAAAACACCUGUAUGGAAUGAUGAAACACAGUCAUAUGUAUUAAAUUUCCAUGGUAGAGUAACCCAGGCUUCAGUGAAAAAUUUCCAGAUUGUUCAUGAUAAUGAUGUUGAAUAUAUAGUGAUGCAGUUUGGACGUGUUGCAGAAGAUGUAUUUACAAUGGAUUUUAAUUAUCCUUUAUGUGCAUUACAAGCUUUUGGAAUAGCAAUUAGUAGUUUUGACAGCAAACUUGCCUGUGAAUAAAUUCAGUGUGAAUGUAUAAAAUAUCAGCUUUAAACAUAUUAAAAGUGCUCAUCUCCAGAGUUGGAUACAGGAUAUGCAUGAAGACAAAUUUCUUAAUUUAAAAAAUUGCAUUAUCUGUUUAUUGUGUGAAAGAUUAGAAUAUGUGUCUUAUUUUUACAUACAAUUUUAUCAUCAGGUUAUUAUUUGAUUCAGCAACAUAUGUUUCAUUUUACAUUCUGACAAUAAGCAGAAUAAAUGUUUUUAGGGCUAUUAAUAAAAGCAUUUUCACUAUCUGGAUUGCUACCUUUCCAUGGUAAUGUAUUAUUAAUAUUUGGGAGCCAUUUAAUUUUUAGUGACUGGUUUUUUUCAAAACUAUCAAAAGUUUGAUUUUUAAGUAGUUGUAAGGUAAAUAUUUUAGUUUACCCCUUACUACAAAAUGUAUGUGUCUCUUUUACUUAGAGUGACAAUAGUUGUAAUUAUUUUGAUAUCCUUCAUAUAUAUGCUGCAUUAGGGUUUAAUUUAAUAAGGGGUUAAGAAUAUUCAACUUUAAGAUUUACUCAAGAAUAGAGGUAAACUUAAUUGUUAAUUGGAUGUUAUUGAAGACUCCAAGGUGUUGGAUUUUUAAUUGAUUUAAUGUUAAAUUUUUGUUUAACAAUACUUAAUGUACCAAAAUCCAAUGAAAUGCAAAUUUGGAAAGCAUGGAAUAGUUUGUAAAUGGAUUGUAUUGAUCAUACCAUAUAUGACCAUGACAUCUGUUAAUACUUCAUUUUGAGUCACAUAGUUGGUUGUAGUAAUGUUUACCCCUAUUAUGAUUUAAAGCAAAGUUGAGAUUUACGGACGUUCCAAAUACAUCAAUUUCAGUAGUAGCUAUAAAUGUUGAAAGAUUAGAGUUAAGAGAUUUACAGAGGUUCCAAAUACAUCAAUUUCAGUAGCAGCUAUAAAUGUUAAAAGAUUAGAGUUAAGUUACCAUAGAAUGUCAUAAUUCAAUGAGGUUGUAUGAAAUGUAACAAGUUAUUUUGGACAUGUGUUUGUUCUCAUUAGUCACUUUUUUAAAUGUUGGUUAUGUGCAAUUAUUUCAUGUAAAUUUGUUUUAUGUAAGAAUCCUUAUUUUCAACUCUUAACUGGACAAAGUUGAGGGGUUAUUGUUUAGGCGGCAAAGAGAUUCUGAACUGUUGACAUAUGGAUAAAGUUAAUGAUCCACGUAUUUGACCUAAAAUUCCCAUUUAACCCAUAGUUUAUAAUCAAAAUAUUUUUGAGCAACAGCACCAAAAAAUAUAUUUUUCAUACAUUAUGAUUUUUGUAAAAUACAUUUUGUAGCAAACCAUCUUUUUGGGUAAAGCUGUUCCACAUUUCCAAAAAUGAAUGACUAGAUGUGAAAAUGAGGCUAAUUUGACAGUUUUUUCUGUUUCGCACUAAAUGUAAUAAUGGUAGAUUUCAAUUAUUUUUAAUUUUCGAUUUCAAAGGGCCAAAAAGUGGCCUUUUUAUACCUUUGAUAAAUUUUUCUGGUACCAAAUGGGUGCAAGUAAUACUCAUGAUACAUGGUAUAUAUUUGUGUUUUUAAGUGAUAUAUUGCAGUAUAUGAAUUAGCAGUGUGUGAUGUCUGUAAUAUUUUGCCUUACUUGCAACUAUUCUCGUCCAAUUUUUUAUUUGAAUUGACUUUGAAAAUACAAUGAGUAUACAAGAUAAGAGCUGAAAAUAAGGUCUGUUUAAUGACUUGAUGUUCAAUUUUUUUUAUUAAUGUGCGUUAUCUUGUUGAUUCUCAUGAUUAUAUAUAUUAUUAUAUAGUAUUUAUUUUAGAUUAUAGAUCAAAUUAUAUGUAAUUAUGUAAACAUUGUAGAUAAUUUUAUAUUGAAAUGUCCUUGCAUGUAUAUAGAUAACUUGUAAAUACAGAUGUCACUACUCCACAAUAGUUUGCUUCAAUGCACAUAAUGAUCAAGAAAAUUCAUAGCUUUCACUAUUUUUUUCUAAAUUUGAGUUUUUGCUUCAGACAACAUCAGCCACAUGCAUGAACCAAGAUAAUUUUAUAAUUAUAUGUUAGAAUGUUAAUAUGUUUGAAAAUUUAGUUUGUAUCAGUAACUUUCAAGGUAUUUUGUAACCAGAAUAAUUCAGCUGUUAUAUUCUUCUGCCUGAAGCCCUAGUCAAUGACAAUUUGUCAAUUAAUUAUUCAAAUUAGCUCCGUAGUUACCCAUCUUGAGAUCAUUUUACUACAAGCUGGUUGGCUCUCUCAUCUGGAGAGUGCCAUCAAAAUCUGGAUUAAUGACACGUUUGUACUGUAUAAAGUGUUCAGGGCCCAGGAGUAGGAGAGUCCAUCAGGGGAAGGACUGAAUUAUUCAGGUUAUGUAUAUCGUAAAUUAUUUUUUCUUCCUUUUGUUACUAUUUCGUUUUUUUAUACAUUUUUUGGGGGACAUAUUAUUUUACCCUUGUGAUUAUGUCUGUGUCCAUCUGUCCCCUAAAGGAUACAUAGUUUUUCUGCAUAACUCCUUCAUUUUUUAGGUAGUAAAUUUUGCUUAUUGUUAGGUUUUUUUUAAUUUUUUUAAGAACUCAACACAAAAUUUAGAGUAGUUGAACUCAGUCAAGUUUUGUUCAAUUUUGAAUAUCCUUUACUGUCCAUUCACCGUUUGUCUGCUCAACUUCUUAAGUUAAGUUCUUAAGUUAGAUUGAUCUGAACUACUUACAAUAGACUACAAUAUUUUCUAUAAAGUUACAUUACUGUACAUCUCAGUUUGUUGACCAUUCCGAGGCCCUUCCCACUAGAUCAUGGUCUAGCGACUUUAAAUUAAUAAGCAAUGUUGCUGUCCAUUAGAUUGUCUUUUCUGAAUUUUAUGCCGACAGGCUAGAAAUAUCUUUGUGUUAACAGUUUAUUUUAAAUUGGAUUUCUGACUAUAGAACUUUUUAAAAUCUGAAAAAAAUACACUGAAAACAGAUCAACUACCGAUAUUUUAGAUUAAGUGCAGACAUCUUUAGUAGUUUUAUUUGGUAGACUCGUAAACUAAAAAUAUAUUUCACAAGUUAAAUUUUAGGAAAAAGAUUAAUUAGGCCAUCUAUGAUGAUUGGCUUGUAGUGAUCUGUCUUUAUUCUUAUUUGGGUUUGCAUGUCAGUGCAGCCAACGAACAGUGUCCACUCUAUAUCUUGAGUACCCCUUGGAGUAUUAACCACUACCAGAAGAUGUGUUAUGAAAAUGUUUUGAAUCUCUAGCUAAAAGGUCAUGGUCACAAACAUUUGAAAGUUGCCCUCCCUAGGUCUUUGUUUAUGAAUAAUGUCUACUCCAUAUCUUAAAUACUGGUACCCCUAAGGACUGAUUGAUGAAACCAGUUACAAGUUUUCAACACUAUAGAAGGUUUGUCACUAAAAGAUAUUUGAAUCUGUUCUCACAGAUUGAGGUCACACACUAAAUGUCUAAAUUUGCAAACCCUAUGUCGAUUACUUCAACAACCCAUAUCCGAUAUAAGUUGAGUAAUGUUUGGACUCAAUGGAUUGUUAUUAAUAUUUGUACUCACCACUACCAAAGCACGUGUUUAAAAAAAAAGUUUGAAUCUAGCAUAAAAGGUCAAGAUUUUCACCCCUUUAGAAGGUGUGUCCUGAAAAAGAUUUGAAUCUUUAUGCUUUCAAAGCUAUUGAAAUGAAUAGUCAAAAGUAUAUGAUAAUAGUCUUUGUAAUUUUAAAUGUUAUCUUUACGAAUUGAAAUAGAGUUUGUGUGUAUCAUGCACUAAAUCCCUUCUUAAAUUGAAUUUAACAGUGUUGUCCAUGAUGUUUUAAAUCAGUCCACAAGUUACUUAAAACAAUGCAAAAACUCGUUAAAGAUACCAGGCUUAUAAUUGUGUACACCACACGCAAAAUUCAUGCAAAAUGGAUAAUAUUAAAGAAGCAGAAAACAUUGAGGUGUGUUACCUAAGACAGGUUUCAUGUUUUAAUGUACCCCAUAUAGGCAUAUACCCAUGUAAACCACAGAAAAAUAAAUGUUUUUGUAUACUAAGCCUUUGCCCUUAAUUCUUAGACAGAACAUUGAUAAUAAGAUGCCUAUGGUGCCACACAUGUCCCAAUAACAAGAUGUGCCUAUGAUACCACACAUGUUCCAAUAGCAAGAUUUCUAUGGUAUCACACAUGUCCCAAUAACAAGAUUUCUAUGGUACCACUCAUGUACCAAUAACAAGAUUUCUAUGGUACCACUCAUGUCCCAAUAGCAAGAUUUCUAUGGUACCACACAUGUCCCAAUAACAAGAUUUCUAUGGUACCACUCAUGUCUCAAUAGCAAGAUUUCUAUGGUACCACACAUGUCCCAAUAACACAAUGCUUAUGGUGCCACAUAUGUCCCAAUAACACAAUGCUUAUGGUGCCACAUAUGUCCCAAUAGCACAAUGCUUAUGGUGCCACAUAUGUCCCAAUAACACAAUGCUUAUGGUGCCACAUAUGUCCCAAUAACACAAUGCUUAUGGUGCCACAUGUCCCAAUAACACAAUGCUUAUGGUGCCACAUAUGUCCAAAUAACAAGAUGUGUAUGGUGCCACACAUGUCCCAAUAAAUCUUUAUAUGAGAUUUUUGUUGUUUUGAAAAUCUGAAAGGUUGAAUAGAUUGUUAUUGAUGCAUAAUUAUUAAAUGAUAUGCCCAAAUAAACUUUAGGUGAAGAAUACAUAUGAUGUUUUUAGCAUAAAUUCAUAAGGCCAUGUUAUGCAAGAGCUUUACAUCAGCAAACUGCAUCUGAUACUAUUGAUUUUGUCUUCAGCUUUCUUUUAAGUAUUUCAUAAUUUUUAUUCGAAAAUAAAAGACAUUUGAUGCAUUGAGUAGCAGAAUUAAUAUGAAUUCCAAGCAUAUCAAUUUGAUUUUCACCCUUUCAGUAACCAUUGAGACAUUUAUUAUCAAUCAUAAUAGAGAAAAAAUAAAACUUUACUCAAAAGUUGAUCAUAUGAUUUGCAUGAUAGUUAGUAUUUUAUUUGUUUUGUUUUCUAGUCUUUUAAUAUCCCACCACUCUAAAAAUCCGUCCUAUUUUUAUGAGAUUAUUAAUAUCUAUAUAAUUUAUAUUUCAAAAAUGGUUGUAAUAAUCAACUCAUACCUCCAGAUCAAUCCACAAAUCAAAUAAUCCUUUCAUACAUACCAAAAGAAAAGAGUUUUCUGACUCUAGUUAAGUGUAGGUUCCUUAUGAGAAAUCAUGUAGGGAGAGAUUUAUGGUAGAAUAUUUUUGAAACUUUAUUGAAGAGAAAUGUAAAUUAUAAGAAAAUGGUUGAAAUGCACUGUGCAGAUUUUUUGUACAUAAGAAGCUGAAAACCUUAUUUUCUUACAUAUGUCCUCUUUUACAAAGUUGGAAAAAAAUUCACUAUAAAAUAAUACAUGUACCAAUUAUCAUAUGUUGAUUAUUCAUUUAUAGAUGAUUUGUUGUUUUUAUCUUAUGUUGAAGUAUAGAAAAAAGUAAAUGCUUAUAAUAAUGGUAAUGGUACUAAGAUACUGAUUGUAUGUUUUACUUUGGUUUUUAUAUCACAAGCAGGAUACUGAAAAAGUUUCUUAGUUCUGGUAUAAUUUUGUCAAAUAUCUUAUUUAAAUAAGAUAAUUUAUUAGUAUAUAGGGAAAAAUGACAUUCCUUCAAAAUUACACCGUCCAUGUUAUGAAAGUGCUUUCUUGUGAACUGUCACAAGAAUAUGAUCUGAGGAAAAUAAAAUGUUCACAUAA